UGUUUUCUGUUACUCAGCUGAAAUGUCUUUUUCAAUAGAAACGUAUCAGCUUUGUAUCUGUCCUUGCUGGGUACUUAGGCUACAGAGAAAAAGCAGAAACUAAGUGAUCUUCUAUGGCUACAGUAGAAGAGGAGAGGAGUAGUACUAAAUGGUAAAGCUAAGCUGCCGGACUGGAGUAACUCAAUGGAUAGCAGUAUGCAGUGGACUAUUACAGACAGCCGUGGUCCAAGGCCAGUGUAGAAGGAUGCUUCAUAGUAUUUUCCAGAGACACAAGACUGGCCAGUUCCAACUGUCUGAAGCCUGUGGUGGAUUUAUUCAAGCCAAUGGAACCAUUAAACAGCUAAAUAGAACAUUUUACAAUACAAAUAAGCAUCUUUCUGCAAAAGAUUCCUUGCAGACAGAAGAGAAAGUGGGUCCUUUCACAAGGAUAAUAGAAGCAAUGGGUUUCACAGGACCUCUGAAGUAUAGCAGAUGGAAAAUUAAGGUAGCAGCUUUGCGCAUGUACACAUGCUGUGUGGAGAAAACUGACUAUGAGGAAUUCUUUAACAGGUGCCAAAUGCCUGAUACUUUGAAUUCCUGGUUCCUUGUAGCACAGCUUCAUGUCUGGAUGUGUCUGGUACGAAUGAAGCAAGAGGGUCGUGCUGGAAAAUACAUGUGUCGCUAUAUAGUUCAUUGCAUGUGGGAGGAUGUUCAACAGCGUGGUAAGGUGAUGGGGAUUAAUUCUGUUGUUCUAAAGGAAGAUUUGAGAAGUAUGGUAGAAAAUUUCUAUGCAGCUCUAUUUGGAUAUGAUGAGGGAAUUUUGUCUGAUGAUCAUGUUCUGGCAGCAGCUCUUUGGAGAAACCUUUUUAACAGGAACUGCGAGGACCCUCGGCAUCUGGAGUUACUCGUAGAGUAUGUGCGCAAACAGGUGCAGCACCUGGAUGCACUGAGCGGGGAGGACCUGCUGUUGACGGGUGAGGUGAGCUGGAGGCCUCUUGUGGAGGACAACGCCCGCAGCAUCCUCAAGCCCCUUUCCCCUGUUUACAAUGACGAAGGACUCUGAGAGCAUCUCUCAAACCAGCUUGGGAAACAUACCUGAAAUUGAACUAGGCAGAGGCUGUGAGGUCAGGAAGUGAAAACUGCUGUUGAAAAAGAGCGUAUUUAAAUAGAUAUCUUAUCUGUGGUAGCUGAGUAGCAAAUUGGACAGCCUUACUCUUCUGAAUAUUCACCUGUGAAUAAAGCUAGUUGGUUUGGGAACAUGUGUUCUUUUUAUGGCACUGCCUGGUCCUUGCAGACAAAUUGCAAGACCUGCCUUCCAUCUUUGGGAAAACAGAUGUUUUACCAUGACUUAUAACUAUCUCCAGAAGCCAUUUCUGUCCUUUGCCUCAUUUAGAGAGCUGCUACAUACAGACUGUAUGGUGUUCCUUUGCUUACUGAAUGGUUGUUAAUACAAAUCUGAGCUUUGCAUAUUAGAUGUUAAUAUAUUCUAAAAGCCUGAUAUCAAGAUGGCAUGGUCCAUUUUUGCUUUAAUAGAGUAAAGAAUUGCUUUAUCAGGUUCUGAAGGAUUUUCCAUGAAAAUCCUUUUUAGGAACUCUUUGCACAGGAGUAGGAGAUGCAAAGAAUAAUGCAUGGUCCCCAGUAAUCCUCUAACUCUAGCCAUCUUAAUGAGGAAAAAAAGUCUGAAACAUGGCUGGGCUGUUGCUAAAAGCUACCUCAGAGCACUUGGUAUUUCAGAGGAGCUCUGCCAUGCUGAUAUUUCCAUAUUCUUUUGAGAGCUGUGGUAUAAGAAUUUCUUCAUGAAAAUAGCAUCUAUGUUUCUGUCCAUGGCUCUUAAUGGGAUAGGACUGUGCUGCCCUCCACUCCCAAUGCAAUGGUCCAGGGUUUUUCAACAAGAGCUGUCAACCCCAAUUAAAAGUUUAUAUGGCUGUGCAAGCAAAUUACCCCAACACAGUAAUUACGGGAGCAAUAGCUCCACUGAUUAAAUCAGCAGAGGCUGAGGUGUACUGCGUAGGUGGAUGGUUCACCAGGCUAUUUCCAGGUCAGUGACAAAAACAGUUUUCAUUUCUCUCAUGUCUAAAAUUGUAGUCUGUAAUAAAUGCCAGUCUGGGUAAAAA